UUGUACUUCUACCGAAUUUCUCGAACGGAAUCGAAAGUAGAGUCAAAUGGCUGAAUCCUCUGACAUAAACAACGAAGUCUAUCGCGAAGGCAGUGAGAAGCCUCAGGCCAAACACAAAGGUUGAAGGAAGCAUGACUGUCUGGACUACCAGAAAGACACGAGAUCCUUAUAUAAUAGUAAAGGCCAGAGAUCUCAUAAAACUUCUUUCGAGAAGUGUUCCUGCUCCACAGGCAAUAAAGAUUCUCAAUGAUGAGAUGCAAUGUGACAUCAUCAAGAUUGGCAGCCUUGUUCGCAAUAAGGAACGAUUUGUGAAAAGAAGACAAAACUUGCUUGGUCCAAACUCUUAUACUUUGAAGGCACUGGAAAUUUUAACUGAGUGCUACAUGCUGGUUCAGGGAAACACAGUAGCUGUCAUGGGUUCAUAUAAAGGUGUAAAACAAGCAAGAAAGGUUGUUGAAGACUGCAUGCUAAAUAAAAUGCAUCCCGUACAGAGUGUCAAGAUUCUAAUGAUGAAGAGGGAACUAGCAAAACAUCCUGAACUGGCAAACGGAAGUUGGGCUAGAUUUCUUCCAUCUUUCAAAAAAAAAAAUGUGAAACAGAAGAAAGUUAAGGCUAAAGAGAAGAAACCUUACACUCCUUUCCCUCCACCACAGCCACCAAGCAAGAUUGAUUUGCAACUCGAAAGUGGAGAGUAUUUCCUUAGUGAUAAGAAGAAGCAGACCCAAAAAUGGUUGGAGAAACAAGAGAAACAAGCAGAGAAAACAGCUGAAAGUAAAAGGAAACGUGAAGAGGCAUUUAUUCCACCCGAGGAACCCACAAAACAAAUGAAGGAGCAUGCUUCUGAUGUGGCUCAAACAGCAUUGUCUCUGAAGUAUUCUGUUAUGCAGAAAAAAGCCAAAGAAUUAAAGAAGUUGAAAUCUGGUGAAAAUAUUGAUCCAAAGGCAUACAUUGCUGCUACAUCGUCAACUUCAGAGAUGCAAAUUAAAAAGAAAGCAAAGAAGUCCAACAACACAUGCAAGAUGAGGAUGCAGGAAGGCCAUACAGGAAAUUCCGGUUGUCGAAAUGAAAGUUAAGAAUAUUUCAUUUAUUCAUCCAAUCGAUGCGACUCAACCUGGAGGACAUGUACUCUUCAGACCUAUUUGGUAUUGCAUUUCCAGUUUUCCAAUAUGUUAUAACACCAAUGCAAUAUCAUCUUAUCGACUUUGGAUGGCUACAUAUCUAAUAGUUUAAGUAAUUUGCUAUAGUGUUCUUUUCAAAGAUCUCUCGUUUUUGGUCAUUUUACAUAAUGACGAUUAUGAGGAUCAUCUUUCUGCCGAGUAAACUUAUGCUUGUAGUGUCAUGGUCUGCAAUGUGUGACACCUAACUUGAUUUGCAAUACCCCUUAAUAUGAUAUUUCUACAAUGGCGAAGCACGUAGUUAACAUCCGAGAUUCUUUCAGUGACCCUAUAUAUGUUAUGUGGAAGGGAUAUGAAUAUGCAAAUAAAACACCCCACUUGCUCGAUCUACUAUGCUUUCACAAUUUGGGGCUAUUUAUCACUGCAUUUGUGUUGCAUCAUGUUUGAAUCCACGGCAACCUUGGCCUCGGAUUAUAAAACUGUUGUGAGUUGAUUUAUUUGCAUUCGGAUUUCAAGCAAGGAAACAUCAUUCUUGUAGUAAGAUCAGUGAUGACCUGAUUGCUGAUACCUUGAUAAGAUUAAUAGGAAGUUCUAACUUUGGUAAAAAGCCAUUAUUUUCUCAGCAAUAGGGUUGUGAAAUUGCUGGAUUCGAACUCGGAAAAGGCGCUUUUUGACGGGACUAUUUUUUCUUAACUCUCAGGUAGAUUUUCAUCUUCUCUUUAGUAUCUUUAUAAUUCUAUCAUGCUAUUUUGACUUACUAUUGAUCAUUGAUUUGUACCUAUUUGUUUAAGCUAUGCUUUUGAUGUGCAUCGAUUUUAGAUAAUAUUUAAAUUUUUUGAAAUUACCUUGAUGUGAA